AUUGGUAGGGAUCUGUAGAUCUUGAUACCUUGUGAAUCAGGAGCAAUGUUUCGACAAAGGCUGCCUUUCUCACAAUUGUUUUUAGCCGCAGCGCUUGGGGUCGCUGGGGGCAUUUACAUCUACAGACCAUACUAUGAGUCACGACUGAAGGCCUUUGAACAGCAAAACAAGGAUGUGCCAAAGAAAGGGAAUGAAAUGGACUGAAGCACAUCGCCACUCCCAGGAAGCACUUAACAGACUGAACAAUCAGAACCGCUGAUGCCAGACUGGAGGCCAAACAAAACACAAAGCCUGUGCAGUUACAUUUCUGCUACUGUGGGGUAUGGCAAUUUUUUUUAAAUGCCUUGACAUAUUUUAACACUCACCUGCCUUAUUAGUGGCAGAUUUAUUUGUAAAUGCAUUAAAAUGUGUAACCGAAAGAUAUUGUGAACCAAGAAAUAAAGUAAUGUCUUUUUGUGGUGAGAAAAACACAAGUGUUGGUACAUUUUUAAUUAUUCAAUGAUUUCAUCUAUCCACAACCUGAACUUACUCUGGUUAUCUUUUAUGUGAA